GACCGAGACCAAAGGAAUACAACAAACAGUCGAGUAGAAUUUGCUUUGAUUGACUCACCGUUCAACAUGCAAAAUAAUUUCACAAUCACCACAACAUGGCAAAAUGAAGAGUUUUUAGGGAAAAUAUCUUUGAAAGAAUCUCUGGAUUAUGAAAAACUUAAUAAAACGAUAAUCGAAUUAUAUAUCAGGGCGAAAGAUUUUGGCAGUCCCUCUUUAAGUACCAAUACAACUGUUAUACUUAAUAUUCAAGCAAGUGAAAACCCUAAAUAUCAUUGCCUUUGUGGAUCAGCUUUGACGUCACUUCUUGCAGCAACAAUGACACCUACAUGUAACACCACUAGAUAUCCUCCAGUACAUGAAAUUGCAGAAAUAGAAAACUUUAUUUUCAGAUACGAUCCAAGUUCUCAUGUAAUGGUUGCAAUAACACAUCAUAAAUGUUAUGUAUACAGAAUGUCAGAUACAGAGUCAGUUGAUGUUCACACUUCCCAUGGUCUCCAUCAACUUGAGACGAAACUUAUUACUAUGGUAGAUAACACAUCUGCAGCAUACGUUACAAUGUCACAUGAUGAAUUAACCGCCCUGAGCAAAUCCUCAGCACGUACGUGUAAUCGCGUUGGAUGGACAACGCACAAAUUAAAUAAAGCAACUUAAGAACGUGGCUUAUCAUUUGUGAUAAUACGUUCUUGUUGACAACUCUUGUAUUGAUGCCAUGGAAAACUCCCUUUGAUAUUGAA